CUAGUUUCUGUUUAGUAUCAUUUGGAUACGAAAGUCUAUUAAAACAAUAAAAUAAGUGUAUAAGAACAAAUCACUCAUGUCUAAUAAUUUUUGAAGGACUAUAAUAGAGACAUUUGAGGAAAAAUAUAUCAAUGCUAUAAAACAAUUAAAGAAAUUUAAGAAUUUUUGAACUUCUAUUUAAAGAAAUCGUAUUUAAACCAUCAUACAGCUUUAAGCUGUUAUCAUUGAUCAAACGUCGAUCGUUAAGAACAAAUAAACAAAUCAAAAUGAAAUUCAUCAUUGUAUUCGCUGCCCUCUUCGCCGUUGCUUUGGCCGCUCCCCGUCCUGAAGAUGCUGUCGUCUUGAGAUCAGAAUCUGAAGUAGGACCCGAAUCAUACCAAUAUGCUUACGAAACUAGCGAUGGCAACAAAGCUGAAGAACAAGGUCAAUUGAAGAACGUUGGUACCGAAGAAGAAGCUAUCGUCGUCAAGGGCUCUUACUCCUUCGUUGCUGAUGAUGGUCAAACCUACACCGUCAACUAUGUUGCUGAUGAAAACGGUUUCCAACCCCAAGGUGCUCAUUUGCCCGUUGCCCCUGAAGCUUAAGUUGUGAUUGUUAUUUAUUAAUAAAUCGUUGUUUAUUUAAAAGAAAAA